CAGAAACAAGUGUUAUUACGUAGGCUAGUUAAAAAGUGGUUCCUGUAGCCCAUGACUUACUGCUUUUGCUUGUAAAAUACAUUUAAAUGACCAUUUUGACUUUGUUAAACAUUCCUUCUGAUAUAAUCCGUUAGUUCGUAUUCUCAGAUUAAUUGUUAUUCAACGCAACUCUUGAGGACUGCUCAAGAAGGGUAAUUCCCCAAUCAUGCAUUUGCCACCCUGGGGGAUGCAAGUCAGCGGCUUACUUCGAGCGAAGGACGGCGCGGUUCAUGCUCACUCUCGCAAUUACGCUGCACUGUCAGCUAAGUGUUUAGAGCAUCUGGAGAUGGGAAGACAGGCAGACCGCACGUUGGACUAGUAGGUCGUGGCCGAGUCAGUCGCAAGAUGUCUGUUGCGAUAGAAGACGGGCAGCAAAGUUCGGAAAAGAGGUCGCGAUGCAUUCGCUUAUUGUCGAUUUUGUUUCCUCUAGGCUGCCUUAUUGUGUUACUCGUUGGAUACGCCGCUUUAGGGGCUCUGUCAUUCCGGUACAUCGAAGGUGGGACUAUCAAUGGGUCUAUGAAUCAGGAAUACAAAACAUUUUUGCUCACUCUAGUGCAUACGGUUCGCAAUUCAAGUAGGAAUGAUAGUUUGAACGAGCAAGAACAAUUAUUGGAUAAAUUACAAAGCGAGAUGAACAACUUUAAGAUGAUAUGGCUUCAAAGCCCGAAGUUAUGGACCUUCUUUGGAUCAAUGUUUUUCUGUUGUACAGUAUUUACAACAGUAGGAUAUGGAAACAUGUACCCCGUAACAGUCGCUGGCAAGUGGCUGUGUGUCAUCUAUGCCAUGGUGGGGAUCCCCCUCAUGCUGCUGGUGCUGACCGACGUGGGCGACAUCUUGGCCAUCCUCGUCUCCAAGGCCUACCUCCAGGUGCACAAGCUUUGCAGCCACCUGUCACUCCGCGCCAGGUCCUCCUGGGGUCCCUCGGAGAAGCCGGUGGAGGAGGCCGGGGUACAAAACGCCGUCUACACCUUCAGCCAGGACGCGGUGGUCCGGGUGCCCAUGGAUAUCAGGCAGGUGUUGCGCAGCCAGGCGUCGGUCAAGAGGAAGUCCAUCAAGCUACACAACGACCAGAUCUUUGAGCGCAUCAUCACCCAGGAGAACCUAGCCAGGGAGAACCUGCUGAGACAGAGGGGCCUGGCCGCCCUGCCCCGGAGCCAGUCCUGCCCUGAUCUGAGCCGGGCGGAGCCCCAGCGCGGGAUCUGGGACCUGUGCACCGGGGAGGAGCUGGAGAAGCUGGACGUGCCCCUCAUGCUCAUCCUGGUGCUGUUCUUCGCCUACCUCCUGUUCGGCGGGCUGAUUCUGCCCCUGUGGGAGGAGGAGAUCGGAACCUUCGACGCCUUCUACUUCUGCUUCGUCACGCUCACCACCAUCGGCUUCGGCGACAUCGUGCCCCAGCAUCCCAAUUUCUUCAUGGUCACCUUCCUCUUCCUCAUCACGGGCAUGGCCAUCCUCUCCAUGGCCUUCAAGCUGGGCCAGUCUCGCUUCGUCGGCUACUACCGCACGUUCAUCCGCUGCAUCAGCGGGGGGAAGGUACUGAAGUACAAGUAGCAGGACUGCAGUUCAGGUCCCGAGGGGCCCCGGAGACCAGAGACCACCCGCCCCUCACUCGGUGGGGCUCAGAAGAUAAAGGACAAGCCUUGAAACCUUUUUCCCACCGACAGAAACUUGCUUAACUGAGCCAGCUAUACUGGAACAGUACUAUGGCUGGGUUUUUCCCCCCUCCAUUUUGGCUUCUGCAUUAUAAUGCCUUGGCAGUUGCACUUAACGCACGUUUGAACAGAUGGAGAGAAGUACACGGUUGUAAAAAAGAUGUCACUGUCGUAUUAUAGCCAGUGUUAACCUAAGUAUUGCAGUUACAGCCAAUGCUCUCUGUAAUAAAUGUCAAAUUAGCAUAGGUAUCAAUGGUUAAAGCCAUCACCUAGCAAUUGAAUGAACAUUUCAGAAGUUUUAACAUGGAUGAUUUGAACAGAUGUAUAAUCUUUCCAUUGACUUCAUUGAUAGCAGCACCUAAUGGAACAUUUGAAAAGCUCCUGCUUAAUUUCCACCUUCCUGAAAUCAAUAGAGCAAACUAGCUCACAGUUCUCGAACCCCACCCAUUCCUGGGAGUUCCUGUAGCAACACACUGCUCCCCAACACCACCCACUCCUGAUACUUCCUGUAGCAACACACUGCUCCCCAACACCACCCACUCCUGAUAUUUACUGCAGUAACACACUGCUCCCCAACACCACCCACUCCUGAUACUUACUGCAGUAACACACUGCUCCCCAACACCACCCACUCCUGAUACUUCCUGUAGUAACACACUGCUCCCCAACACCACCCACUCCUGAGAGUUCCUGUAGCAACACACUGCUCCCCAACACCACCCAUUCCUGAGAGUUCCUGAGGUGCAUGUUCUGUUUGACCUCUUAAUCAUCUGAUAACAUCCAUCACUUCAUGCGAAUUAAAAGAAAAGGGGAAGGAGCUCCAGGCGGUCAGGACACAGUUUAUCCUUUUGCCGAUUAUUUAUGAGCAGAUGACAGCACCCAGAGCAGCCCCAGGUUUAUACGGCUCAAGUUUACACGGUCGGACAUUUAUGGACAUCAUUCCACUUGUGCGAGCUGUUCUUAAGCGCACCGGUAAACUCCCACCACGGACUCGUACUGUAACUGAACCCUCCUGGCCUGUGCAUUGCCCAAGCCACAGCUUCACAUUACCACAAUGGAUAGACUUUACCAGUCUCUGAACCAAACAGCCAGCCGAAUCUGUUAGUGAUCAACUGCUGAGUGCUUGCAUUUGAGACUGAAGUUUAUUGGCCUCUCAGUCAUUUGAAAGCGAUCAUUUGCAUUUGCAUUGUAGAUUUGAGAACCGGCUGCAAAAUGCAGCAUGUAUGUACUCAAAUUUUGAGUAUCCAUAUCUGGAUUUGUUUUUAUUAUUUAAUAGGCAAGACAUUUCUUUUGCAAUUUGGCUGGUAUCACAAUACUGGCAUCACAAUGUGCCAUAUUAUGAUACGGAAAUGAAACGUUUUCCAUUAUGGGUCAUCAGAAAAAUGCCAGAACCACUCGGAGGGGAGGGGUGUCAAGAGACUCAUAGGAUCUCAUUUAACUGGGGGGUGCCUACAAUGCGUCUGUCUGAGCAAACUAAGCGGGUCGUCCUUAAUGUAGUGGCUGCACAGCUCAGCUAAUGGACAGUUGAGGUAAAAGAAGCGCAGGCUUUUCGAACGCUCGUUGGUGGCCACUCUUUCUUGUCUGUGUUCACCCAAAUUGACAGAGGACACUGGAGAAAAAGCACUGUGACGAAUAUGAUAAUACACGAUUGUAAGAUUGAGAAAAGGUUGAGAGGAGAAAAAAGCUGUGUCGUUAAGCUAAUAUUCUUAAAUUAUUUUCCAGUACAACGUAAUUGCAACCUUGCUUUGCUGUAUCCCUUAAGAAUGGCCUGAGUGUAAUAUACUGUUUGUGAUCAGCAUUGAUGUGCUUUUAUUAGACCUUAAAGAUUAAUUGUGUCAGCUUCCCUAUGUGUUCAUGCUGGUGUUCAUUUGUCUAAUUGUGUCUCUUGCUGUUACAAUGACAUUAAAUUCUCACCAACUCA